CGAAUCUGCACCAGGAACUGAAAGGAGGGAGUCAUAUCUGUAAGCCUCAGGCAAAUCCAAGAGAUACUUCUUCUGAUGCACGGACAAUAUACACAGCUGCAACGACGUAUUAAGCUCAUGACACGGUCUCUGUUUGCCGUAAUUGCCGUCAUGUCCCUGCAGUAACUGCAUGUAAACCUCUUUACGGAGCGGUGCUGGAUAAAAAACGUUGCGUAGCCGGGUUGUACGUUCAGUAGCUCCACUGCUGAUGUCGUUUCUGCAGGGAAGCAUACUCUUCAACACUCCUUGGUGCUCAUGGUCAGGAUAUAGAUUAGCAAUCCUCAUACUCUCCCUCCUCAGGUCAUGCUAUAUACCCCUCACAGUUGGACUUCGCCAACCGCAGUUAGAAAAAAAGUUAGAACUGAUGAAUGCCCAAGUUAGGGCUAAUCAAAUUAGCCCUAUCUUCGGUUGGCGACGUCCAACUGUUUCUCCCGGCAGUUAGAAAAAAAGUUUCGUUUGUUGGAAACUUAGUUGGAAAUGUGUUCUUUUACUUGAAUAAAUAUAACUCUAAUCAGAAAGAGAAUGUGCGAUCUGAUCUAGGCUUUUCGUAAUCGUUUCUCAUGUUCCCCAUCCGAUUCGGCGUCGUGCGUGGGGGUGUGCUCCAACUCAACCAGAUUACCUUGUGAAUGGGCGUAGUGCAGAUCUCAUGCUUUUUUCUUAAUCAUUUUUGUCUGACCGUUGAUUAGAUCAGGUCGGGGUGUGUGUGUCAAAGACGACCAAUUGUCGACUGGGUAGAUGUGCGUCGUGCAGAGCUCAUGCCGCGAAUCUUUUUUUUUUGGUCUAGUGAUCCUCUUUCUCUUCUUCUUCUUCUUUCUUAAUGGCGAAGGGUUUCAUUAUUAACUUGCACACCGUGUGAAAAGAAGGAGAAGGGGACUUGUGUUUAUGUUUGACAAAGGGAGGGAGGGAACGGUAAAGGUGGGGAGAGUAGGAGACCAUUGCAGUGGGAAACUUGUGCUGACGAAGGCCUGCAAAUCAUGGAUAGGUGACCCCCAAGAAAGAUAAAAAAAAAAAGAUACCCUUCUACACCAGGGCAGUUGGGAGUCAAAGCUGUGGAACACAGUGCUGACAAGUGUGGGUAUCUUCUUUUUUUUAUGUUUGUUGGGGUUGAGCUGGAGGUGGGGGAAGGGGAGGAGUGAAGGGUCAGUAGUUGUGUUCUUUUCAUCUGGGUUAAUUGGGGGUUUAAAUCUGUGGGAAAUCUGGGUAAAAUCGUGGACGAGGGGUGCGCAGCAGGGUGGCGACCAUGACCUGUGUGCGGACGGCGGCAUUUCCGAGACUUGGUGAUGGGAUAAGAGCCAUUUGCGACCCAGAUAAGAAGCGAAGUAGAAACAAGCAGUUGCCAUCCUUAUGUAGAAACAUGACUGGUGGGCAGGGAGUGCGGAGUUUCACUGCUGUAGACACAAUUUAUUGUGAGCAGCGAUGGCCGCCGAAGUCCCAGAGGCCCGCAGAGGUGGCUACCUGUGGAUACCCGGUGUCGUCGUGCAGGCAUGGUCAUGGGCAAACGUAUCUGGCUGACUUUCCGGGCGCCCGCCGCCGAAUGACGCUAUGUUGUGCUUCUGCUGCUGGUGAUGGUGACGGACUGGUUGAUGAACAACAAGAGCAGGAGCAGCAGCAGCAAAAAGAGCAGGCCUUGAGUGUGGAGGUCCCGGAACAAGACUGGUCGUCGUUAGGAGGAGGAGGUGAGGGUGCAGGAGGGGAUGAUUCCGACAGGCAGAAGCGAGCAAGGGAAACCCUGGAAGCACUUGAUCGGCAACUGAGUGCCUUGGCGUCUUCUGACACAGAACAGGUGCCAGUGGCCAGUAGGGGUCGCCAGAGGACUACUGCGCAGAAAGAAUCUUCAGAUGCUUCCUCUGAUGACAUGUCGACGACUUUGCAACAGUGGGAUGUGGUUUUCUCGCCAGGAUUUUUGUUUUUCGUGGCCGGCGCGCUUUUUGCGUUUACUAUAGCAUAUAACAUUUUUUAUUAUGGGUUGAUCGACAGAAAGCCACCAAGCAGUAGCAGUAGCAGUACUACCACUGCCGCCUCUGCCACUGGCGUUAAUGCAAGGAAAGCCGCCUCCUCUUCAACAUCCUUUGGCAAUCGCGAUCAAGAUGCGUCUUCAGUGUCUCCGAAUGCGCCACCUGUGAGAUAGCGGUAGCUGCACCUGCAGGAAACUGGGUCCACCGUCCCUCAUAGAGGAGGGAAUGAUGGUUCCGUCCCUCAGUGACAGGGGGUGCUCAUUUUCAUCCCUUGAUCAUGGAGAUCGAUUGGCAGAGAUCAUUGUUUUUUUGGCGCAACGGCUCCAGGGUCACACCCACACCCACCGUUUCUAAUAGGCAACUUUAGCAGUUCUUGAAAAAAAAAAAAAAAAGCAAAAAAAAAAAAAAAAAGGCCGUGCCGCUAAAUCUGCAUUAGCACCACUUCAAAAAAAUGGCCGCAGUUUUUUUUACCACCCUACUAAACUUGCACAAUUUGAAACUCAAACAAUGACAUCAGCGCGCCACUUUGUCU